GCCGCCUGGAGUCCCGUCUCUCACCGGGAGAUUGAUCGUGAACGCGCGGACAUGUCCGCCUGAGACCCGGCCUCUUCCCUCCGGAGCAGCGGGUCGAAAUUACGCGCACAUCUGGAUUCUUUCCUUUUUGCCUUCGGUGCGUAACAACUGGUCCAAGUGGGUCCAGAGGAGGAGCCGAGCCGCAGAGCCGUGCACGAUGGAGGAGGGUUGUUGAAAGCUCCGGGAAAGAGUCCGAUCCAAUGCGUCCGGAGCGGCCGCUGGACGCAGCAGAGAGAGACACAGGAGGACAGGAGGACACUCACCGGCCGCUGGACGUCCAUGUCCCCGGCACCAAGGAUUCCACUUCCUGUGACAUCAUCACACCAUGCCUGAGGGGUCACGGCGUGGCAGCCAGCGAUCGCCCCGUACUUCAGCCGCCAAGCGUCCCUCCUCAGCCUCGUCUCUGAGUGGGAUUGUGGGUAGGAUGAUGUCGUCCGGUGAACGAGGAGCCUCGUCCUCCUCCUGCACCUCCGUCAACACCGUCUGCUCAGAUGGCGAGCGCCCCGCCUCCCUCUCCUCCUCCACCUCCUCAGCCUCCCUGCAUGACGCUUCCCACUCCUCCUCGUCUUCCUCCUCUUCCUCACUGCCAUACGGCGCUGUCCCGGCCUAUAACGCCUCCUCGUCCUCCUUGUCGUCCUCUACACCAAAACGGAACAGCUCGGACAUCAGCCUGGACCUCACUCCCUUGGUCACGCCACAAGGAGGAGGAGCUCCCGGAGGCGGUGUCAGUGUGGCCAGGGCAUCGGGAGCAGGGCACCCUGUUGAUGGGCACCUAGCUAAUGCUAAUGCUAAUGACGCGGCGGAGGCAGUAGCCACGCCCAGGCGGCUGUCGCGGCUGGAGAGAGUGGUGAUGGAGAUCGUGGAGACGGAACAAUCCUAUGUCCGAGAUCUGAAGAGCAUCGUGGAGGAUUAUCUCGGCUGCAUCAUCGACUGUGGCGCUCUGCCUCUGAAGCCGGAGCAGGUCAGCACUCUGUUCUGCAACAUCGAGGACAUCUACGAGUUCAACAGUGACCUCCUGGAGGAUCUGGAGCGGAGUCCUCACGCUGCAGCCAUCGCUGAGUGCUUCGUAGAGAGGAGUGAAGCAUUCGACUUCUACACACUCUACUGCAUGAACUACCCCAACUCGGUGGCGGUGCUGAGGGACUGCAUGAAAAACGAGAGUCUGGUUCGUUUCUUCCAGGAGAGACAGACGACUCUGAACCACUCGUUACCUCUGGAGACGUAUCUGCUCAAACCAGUGCAGAGGAUCCUCAAAUACCACCUGCUCCUACAGGAGCUCUCGAAGCACUUUGAUAAGAGCGUCCCCGGGUACGAGGUCGUGGAGGACGCCAUCAUCACCAUGACCGCGGUCGCCUGGUACAUCAACGACAUGAAGAGGAAACAGGAACACGCAAUCCGGCUGCAGGAAAUCGAGUCCUUGCUGGUGAACUGGAACGGGCCGGACCUCGGCGGGUUUGGAGAGCUGGUUCUGGAGGGUUCCUUCAAGGUCCUGAGAGUGAAGAAAGAACGAGCGUUCUUCCUGUUCGAUAAGAUGCUGCUGAUCGCCAAGAAGAGGCUGGAGCAUUUUGUCUAUAGCACACACAUAUUUUGUUGUAACCUGCUGCUGGUGGAGACGCUGAAGGACUCGCUGUGUUUCAAAGUGUCGGACCAGACCAUUCCCAAACUGCAGCACGUCGUCCAGACGAAGAACCAGGAGGAGAAACGACUGUGGGUUCACUACCUCAAGAGACUGAUCGUGGAAAACCAUCCGGCUUCACUCCCACAGAAGGCGAGACAAGUCCUGGGAGACAACUUCUGUCAAUCGCCUCACUUUGAACAGGACCUGAAGAAGUCCUGCGCCUCGCCACGGCCGGACGACGUCCACGGAUUCCACAGAGGACGACGCCAAUCAGAGCCUCCAGAGCUGCUGACCUACACACCCGAGAAGUCCAGGAAGAGUCUGCCACUGCUGCUGGACGGAAACCUGCCCUACAGACGCACCAGGAGACAGUCAGCUCCGGCUAAAGACAUUGAAGCUGUGUUUCAUCCCAACGCCUUGAAGCCGGCCGGCAGCGAGGGCGAGCUGAGCCAGGCCGACGCUCGGGGCUCGGCCGGCAGCAGCAGCACGCUGGCUUCCUCUGUCAUCGAGGUGGAGGCUGAACUGUCAGAACAGCUGCCACGUAAAAACAAGGAAAAGGAAGAGGAAGAAGAGGAGUUGACGUCACUUAUUGCUGCUCCUACUCUGUCCAUCACCGAGGAGAUCCUGGAGUUCAUCAACCAGAGCAGAGCCAGGGAGGGACUCGCCUCCAUUCGAGCAGGUCCUGGAGGAGCUCAAGGAGAGUCCGACUCCAGCUUACCAGACCAACUUCACCUGCCCACUGCCCCCAGCCGCCUGCCCCUCCAGCCCAGUGCAGAGGACCUCAGGGCCGGAGGAGAGGGGAAGCCCAGUAGGGGAGGAGGACAGCGCCCUCCACAGUUUGACCGGGGGCUCUGCGGAUGA